GUACGAAAUGCACGUGAAAAAUGUAUCUUCCAACGAGCUCUUUGGUCGUGUGGCGUCCCUCUGCUCGGGAUUGGAACCUGCUCAUUUACAUGAGAACUACGUCAUAACUAUGGAAUCCCAGUAAGUUGAUGAGUCAGCUGAUAAGAAGCAGGUAUAAAUGUUGGAGCGAUUGAUAACUUGGAGGCAGUCGAUAGCGGAAAAUGGCAGCGGCUAACGACGUAGAAGAUUUCGUGACUUGUGGCGUUUGUUUUUGCGAAUACGACGAUGUUGGCAAGAAACCCAAAUUUCUGCAAUGCUCCCACACCGUCUGCCUCUCGUGUUUGAAGGGAAUACGUGAUGGAGACACGAUUACGUGUCCUUUUUGUCGUGAUACUUUUGUCAAGUUCGAUGUCGAGAGUCUGCCAAACAAUCCUUACGCACUACACAUGCUCAAAUUUAAAGAGAAGAAAGAGCCACCGAAACCAGUUGAAAUCCCCAUCGCUCCUGUGGAAGUCCAUUGGUGCCUUACUUGUGGAUCAGCUGAAAAACUAGGAUGUUCUUCAUCCGGCCACUCAUCGGUCAACAUGACGAUCAACACAAUAAAGAACCUGGAAUCCCUCCUGAAAUUAAAAGAAGAACUUUUGGCCAUGAAAGAUUCUGGAACAAACAAGCUGGCCAUGGCCAUUCAGGAGCGUCAAAAAGUUCAAGAGCAAUUGGCGCUGAUCAUGAAAUCUAUCCAGUGUUCCGGAGAAGAAGUGCAGAAACUCCAAGAUGAGAACAACCUCCGCAUGACUGAAAUGGUGUCGGUGUUGGAAAGAAAUGGAUCGAAAACGGAUUCCCAGGAUGUUGCAGAAAAGAAAAGUUUGUUCUUUUCCGAGUUGAUGUCGUUGGUUGAUGGUUCUACCGCGGAUGACACGACCGAAACUCUGAAGCAGAAGAUGACAACAUUGGUCGAGAUGCACGAGCAACAACUCUGUGAAGCCACAGCCGUUGCUUCAGAGUACGACUUCCGCAGAAAAGUGAAAAUAACCGUCCAUCUUUACGAUGAAAACGACCAGCUCAUUCCCACACUUCCUUUGUUAGAAAAAGGAUUUCGCUUUCAACCUCUUAGUCCAGCUCUAAAGGGGAAUCCAAUCCGACAAGAUUCCCUGUUACUCUCGUAUGCCGUCUUUUCCUUACUACAACGGCAGAAGAUCCCAUUGAACAUAAAAGAGCCUCAACAGUCGGCUGUUGCUGCUUCAAAUUCGUCGUCCACCACUACGACGGCAAAAGAUCCUAAGAAAAAACCGAAAACUAUAGCGAAAAUCGAAAAGGAAAUAAAACUCACUAUUGAAUCGUCUCCAGUAACUUUACCUCCCAGUGUGUUCCCCUCAAGCAGCAAAUUUGUGUUGAAUCCGACUUCUGUUUUCAUCUUGAGACUGUUUCAUACUGGAAAUCUUUAUGGAGAAAUUCGUUUCAAUCCCGUGCUCAGAUUGCCCUGGAUAAUGGAACUGAUGCAAAAGUUGGGUGAUUUUUGUUUUCAAUCUCAAAAGAUUUUCUGCAACGCUAUUGACAAGGUCGUGCCGAGAGUGUAUGUCUUGUUCCCGAUCACCAACCAACAAUUCCAGCCUGAAAUUCCGAACGCAAUCGACACGAAUAAAAUGUCUACUUAUGACUUAAAGGCUGACCUAAUCGAUGAAGUUGGAAUCACCUUAGUGAAAACCUCGUCUGGCAAAGUCACCGGUUGGAGCUUCGUCUUUCCACUGGAAGAAUUCCGCAACCCCAAGAAUGAGAUUCACGUGAAAAAGUUGUUGGCUAACGAUCUCUUUGGUCGUGUCAUUAGCCACAACAUGUUGGAAUCUGUUACCAAAUUGAGUUUGACCAACAAGUUGGAGAGAACAAACUAUACCGUAACUAUCGAGUCCCAAUAAUUAACCAGUUCCAUUAAUAUGUAAUCCAAUACGCAUUCUAUUAUCUUUAUCAAGUAUUCAAGGUUAAAGACAAAAUAUAUAGCACCUAGAAAAUUU